AUGGUGUUCUACGAAGGAUCCGUGAUAGGAGAUCCUGCUGUGGAGGCAUUGCGACAACAUCUGGCCGCAUCCUGUUUGGACGGUAGAACGUACGAGCAUGUUGAGCCUAUCGCGGAGCCGCUAUUUUCGGAGGCAGGAGGGGGUUCACCGUAUCGCCUGAUGUGGGAUGGCGUUAUGCACUUUGCGAAUGCCAAACUAUACACGUCCGCCGUGGAUGAUGCAUUAGAGGAGUCGGAAGGGACGAGUGUGGAUUAUGAGGCAUAG